GGCGACGAUGUCUAAACGCGAAUGAAACGUCGGCGAUACUCGACGAUAUUGGCGAACAAUGAGACAGACGCGAGUUACCAGGUGACAGCGAAUGCAUGGCCAAUUGCUUCAAGAUGAUUGGCCGACGUUGCGCUCUUUUCGCCUUGAGCAUCCUUUUGAUCUUAGUCCUCAGCGUAAACAUCUACUUCAUCCGAAUGAUUGUUGAGAGUUCCUCCUCGCACAGGAUGUACGCCAAAAAUUUACCGGAAUCGAAAGCUAGGCAAGAUCCUUCUAUGCCCUCGCGAUCCGAUGAAAAAGAUUCGCAGCUGCAAUUAAAGUCAAUUGUAAAAAUUAUUGGCGAGGGGAUCAAAGAGGAGAUUCGUUCAUUGCCCUCCAAAUAUUUCAAACAGAAUACAAGUUAUACUAUCGUCCUGGAACGAUUGCUAGCCGAAUUGACGAUAAUGCCAAAUGUCCGUGAAGACAUUUGGAAUAUUCCCAAUAAUAAUGUUAGUUAAAAAAUUCUUUGAAAUAUUUUACAUGUUUUGCGGAGGUCUAAAAUAGUCCGUGCGGAUAAUGCUCCAUUGGGUACACAACUGAAGCUUAUGCUUAAUCUUGAGAAUGAUAUAAAAGCAUUAUUCAAGCCACAAUGGUACUCCAGAGAUACUAUUCUACAUGGAUCAGUAUACCAUGGCAAGGAUCGCCACAAUGCUGAAGUGGUGGCUUUUCAUUUAUCGUCCUUGUUGGCAUUGCGAAGAGUACCACUCGCCGUUAUUCGAAAACUUGACCUGAAAGAAGAAAUUGGUAAUCACGCGACACCGGCAUUAUACGCAACCAUGUAUCAAGAGGGUAAUACUACAUGUCUAUAUGGCGUUUGUCAUUAUUGUUCUCCAGCCGAUCCUGUCUGUGGGACGGGAGAUGUAUUGGAGGGUACCCUCAUCUUUUGGCUUCCACGAUAUUUAAGACUAGUCAAACAUCGCCAUCCUUGGCAACGAACUUAUAAAAGAAACAAACUUGCUGCAUGGGAAAUAGACGAGGGCUAUUGUGAUAAAGUAAAAGAUUCUAAGGCUUAUUCACCGCAAUCGUCGAGUAGACUCUUGGAUUUGAUUGAUACAGCGAUCUUUGAUUUCCUUAUGGAUAAUGGUGAUCGCCAUCAUUAUGAACUCGCACAAAACAAUUUUCAUAAUCCUGCAGUGCUACUGAUCGAUAAUGGAAAGAGUCUAGGAAAUCCUGAUGUUGAUCAUCUCGACAUCUUAGCGCCUCUAUAUCAGUGUUGCAUGAUUCACAAAACUACGUGGGACAGGUUGCGAUUAUUUAGUGGUGGAUCUCUAGGCAUCGCAUUAGGUAGACUUCUUGCACACGAGGCUGUAAUGUCAGAUGUUUCUCCACUCAUCACGGAGGCACACUUAAAUGCCAUGAAUAGAAGACUGCUUACCGUUUAUGCCGUAAUAGAAAAUUGUCUGAAGAAAAAGAAGUACAUUUCUAAUGUGAUUUUGGAUCAUCGGUAAUCUAAGAACAAUUCUAUAGGAGUCAGAAUA